UUCACCAUUCGUGUUUGUGAUUCGUGUUUGUGAUUCGUGAUUGUGUCUCAAUUGCAAUUCAAGGUUCACUUGUUACUGCUGUUACUCGUCACAUUCGUGCUUCUUCACGCCGAACAGACGCACAAGCAGCGCGACCGCAGUUGCAUGUGCCCAAAGCACUGCUACUCUCCACUCGACUUCCACCAUCCUCCUACCAUCCCAUCAUCACACGCACACUCUUUCAGCAUGGCACAGGGAGAUACGUCCGGUCUGCGCGCUCGAGCAGACGAGUUGCGCAAAGCGAACGCGCAAAGAGCAGCACAGCAAGAGCUGCAAAACGGGACGAAUGGGGGGAGCAGCAGUUCCACGGGUGCGCCAUCGGCUGCCCAGGUAGCAGCUGCAAAGGAAGCGCACGACAAGAUCGUCAAGGCGCAAAACACUCAUUUCGAGCAUGGAUAUAGAAAAGUGGACACGAGGGAUGAUCAGAUCAUUGGAGGUGGAAAAGAGAGAGCAUUGACGCAUUACAAUCCGGGAAUCGUCAUCACCGAAAAGGGACGCGAGACGGACAAGCGCGUAGACACUCACGAGUCAUGGGAAUUUGGCGGUCCCAUCGGAACGGCGUUCAUGAUGGUCUUCUUUCCCAACAUGAUGUACUACCUCUGGAUCUGUCUCUGGUUCUAUGACGGCAGGCUCGUCAUUCCAAACGGUGUGGAUGACAUCGUCCCCUUCUUGCAACGCAUGGGUCAACACGUCUACGAGGACGCCUUCCCUACUCCUCGCGCCAUCAUUGGCUACGGCGGUCUAAUGGUGUUCGAGUUCGCGCUCGCUUGGGUGAUGCCCGGAUGGAUGCAAGAAGGUCUGCCUGUGCCAUCGUUGAACUACAAGACGCUCAUGUACAAGUGCAACGCCCUCUCAUCCUUUUACGCCACGCUUAUCGUAUCCGCCGUUUUGCACGUCACUGGCAUCUACAGGCUCACCGAGAUCAUCGAGCACUUUGGAGAGUACAUGACCGUCGCCAUGAUCUCCGGCUUUCUGCUCGCCAUCGCCAUCUACCUCCACGCAGUCCUGACCGGCACGGCGCAGCGUAUGAGCGGUAACCUUCUUUACGACUACUUUAUGGGCGCCGCCCUCAACCCCCGCAUUGGUCCCGUCGACCUCAAGAUGUGGGCCGAAGUACGCAUUCCUUGGGUGCUGCUCUUCCUCAUCAGCGUCAGCGGAGCUUGCAAGCAGUACGAAACAUACGGAUACGUCACCCCCAACAUGGCCUUCAUGGUCCUCGCGACUGGGCUCUACAUCAACGCCUGCGCAAAGGGCGAAGAGUGCAUUCCUCAGACCUGGGAUAUGUUUCACGAGAAGUUUGGUUGGCUUUUAAUUUUUUGGAACUUCGCCGGCGUGCCGUUCACCUACAGCUACUCGUGCGUCUACAUUGCCACGCAUCCUCCUCACGUGUACAAGUUUAGCACGCUUGGCUACGUCGCACUCUACACAACGCUCCUCACGGCAUAUUGGAUCUUUGACUCUUCCAUGGCGCAAAAGUCUCGCUUCCGCAUGCAGCUCCAAGGAACCUUUGUCGUGCGCUGGACUUUCCCACAAAUGCCUUGGUCCACACUCAAGGACCCGCGAUACUUACAGACCGAGCACGGCAAUGCACUGCUCGUCGAUGGGUGGUGGCAAUUUGCCCGCAAGAUCAACUACUCGGCAGAUUGGAUCCAGGCCACCACGUGGUGCGUCGCUGCUGGAUUCGGCUCCAUCAUUCCUUAUUACUACUCGAUCUUUUUCUUUGCCGUGCUCACGCAUCGUUGCGGACGUGACUUUGAGCGGUGCGAACGCAAGUACGGCAAGGAUUGGGAAAAGUACUGCAAGAUCAUUCCUUAUAGGUUCAUUCCCUACGUCUAUUAGGCGGUCUCUCGCAAGAGUCGCGGCUCAUACCUGAAAGGCUGCGACUCUCAAGGUUCAUUGAGCACUUCUCUCUCUCUCUCCAUCUCUGCGCUCUGCCGCUGAAAAGAACAUGGUUGCGGAUGCGUACCUUCGCGCCCAAAUUUGCAACCUCUUACGUCACUUGCAUGCCUGUUCUCUCGGACAAAGAGCGCAUCGCCCAAAGUAAUCAUUACCAAUCAUUCUCGUUGUCCUUGCGCCCCUUGAGUGCCGCCAUCUAGGUUUGUGCGGAUGUCACUCAGAGCAGGAGGACCGUCUGGUCAGGCUUGCGAUCGCGCGUUGCGCUACGCAGAGCUCUUCACUGCCAC